AGAGAGAGCGAGAGAGAGCGAAAGAGAGGCUGGGAGGAGUGCGUGGGGGGGGAUGGUGUUUACGUUGGAAUGUGACUGUGUUCACUUCCUGGGAGAUGGGGCGUACUGAGCACCACACGCAGCAGAAAGGAAGAGGGGAAAGCUGCCAGGGAGAGGGUGGCUAUACAGCUUCUUCUUCAGCCAGAGCCAGCGAAACAAGCAGCACGGCGUGAGAGCAGGGACACGUCUCAGCAUCCAUGGAAGGGGACAGGAUUCAUCUGCCGUUGCGGGCCUAAGGGAUAUUUUGCUGUAGCAAUUUUACAGAUGGAAGAAGUGAGGAUUUCUUCCAGGGGCUAUGAAUCCAACAAAGACGGAUCCCACGUCAACUCCAUCAGCGUGUGUUAGCGCCAAGCCUGCCUCAGCUUCACGCUCACGAAGGCGCAGGAAGCCAUGGGAAGCGUCAGCAGUCUGAUCUCAGGUCACAGCUUCCACACCAAACACUGUCGCGCCACAGAGUACAAACCCAAGAGGACCUCUCAGCCGAAGAGGGCGGCUCGCAACCUGGACGGCUUGCUGCGCUAUGGCUUCUCCCACGAGCCCACCAGCAAUCCCAGUAAGGCCAGUCACCCAUCAGAGAAGAACGAGGACUUCUUGUACAUCAAGGUGAGCCAGAAGCCCCGGACUCCCCACCAAAGACAACUGCAAAUGGAGGAACAAUUAGAAGGGCCAGCAGAUAUGGAAGCUAGCAGCUGCACCCCUCCCCAACUGGUGCCCAUGUCUGGCAAACUGGACAAGGGCAUCGAGAAGAGCCUGAUACGACCAACAGCCUUCAAGCCCGUCAUCCCCAGGAGCAGCUCUGCUUCAGAAAGCCACAACGUAUGUCACAUGGCCAACAAGAGGCACAGCCCCUCGGACAGAGGCAAGGACACAAACGAGCAGAGGCUGGAUGCAAACUCGGGGACGCUCUCCGAUUCGGGCAGGAACUCCAUGUCCAGCUUGCCCACACACAGCACUAACGGCAGCAGUCAUAUGGACAACUUUCCCAGCGCCGUGGGAGUACUGACCCAUCUUGGGGGGUCUGCCCACAGCCUGGGCCACACCCAGCAGCUAAGCUCCUCAUUGGGGAGUAAAGGGACAAACAGUACAGGCAGCAAGCCCCCACCGCACCCUGCUGGGGAGGGAACCUCCCCUGAAAAACAGGACAUGUUCUCAGAGAGCGCCGGGGGCUGUAUGCGGUCCCCCAUUUCCAUGGACGAGUCCCUCAUUGAGCUGCUGGAGCAGAGGCUGCUGGAGAGGGAGAAUGAGCUCCAGGAGCUGCAGGUCAGCUUCGAGGAGAAGGAAGCAGAUACUUGCAAGCUCUUCCAGGAGAAGCAGAGGUACUGUACCGAGGAGAUGGAAGGCCUCAAGCAGAGGUGCUCCAGCCAGCUUCGGCAGAUUUCCCAGAAAGCCCUGAGGGCCCAGCAGCUCCUGCAGCUCCAGGUCUUCCAAGUCCAGCAGGAGAAGCAGCAGCUGCAGGAGGAUUUGUCCCAGUUGACCAAAGAGAAGGACUUAAUGGAGGUACAGCUCAGGACAUAUGAGUCAAAGCAGACUCAAAUGACUCCGACUCUCGAGGAAACGCAGUGGGAGGUAUGCCAGAAGUCUGGGGAAAUCUCCUUGCUGAAACAGCAGCUGAAGGAUUCCCAGGCAGAUGUGAGCAACAAGCUGAAUGAAAUUGUCAGCCUGAAAGCCACGCUGAAGGACACCAAGAUAAGGAUGGAAGCACUGGAGCAGAAAAUCAAGGAACAAGAAGACGCCGUCCGUUCCAAAACCGUGGAUCUGGAGGUGUGCAAGAACGAGUUACAGCGGAAGAAGAACGAGGCUGACCUGCUCAGAGGGAAAGUGGGACAGCUGGAGACAGACAUACAGGGCAUGAUACAGGACAUGGCACUGGCCAAAGAGUUGGCUACAGGACGGGGUGGAAUUAAAAGCCAGCCAGACAUUGGUGAGGAUGUGGAGGCCCUCCAGAGGGCGCUGGAGAAGCUGAAAGAACAGCUGAGGGAAGAGCGGCAGCAGAAGGAGGACAUGGUGAGCAACUUCCAACUGGAGAGGCAAACAUGGGACGGAGAGAAGGACAAGGUCAUCCGGUACCAAAAGCAGCUCCAGUACAACUACCUGCAAAUGCACCAGAGAAACCAGGAGCUGGAGAAAGUCCUCAGGGAGCUGACUGUAGAACUGGAGAGCCGGCCAGAGGUGGACUUAGACGUCCAGAGUGCAGACAUACAUUUCGAAGAUAUCAUCGCAACUGAGAUAUGAACUACCACGAACGAGGAGCACCGAGAUCAGCCAUUAGAGUGACAUGAGUCACACACCAUCCGAAAUGACCGUAAAUUCCUCUUCCAGAGGAUUCCCAAACAAUGUGGGGAAAAAAGGGAAAAAAAAAAGCUUCAAGUGUUAAAUGUUACUCACUGCUGUACGUGUUAAGAAUAAUGGAUGUAUAUAUUUAAAUUGGUAAUUGCUAUUUAUUUUCAUAAGUAUAAGAAUUACAUGCAAUUUUUUAUUUAAAACUAAAUGUCUGAAGGCACUUAAUAGUUUUAUAAGUUACAGUUAACUCCGUGAGUGCACUCCACUGUCAAAACACAAUACUUUCAAAACACAAAACUCUACAUUUCUACUGUAGUUAAGCUGUAUUUACUAUAUUUACAUAAUGCUGAGGGAUAAGACAAAAACUGAAGUCUUUGCAACUCAUGAAGAUAUGCACAUUAACCCUAAACCAUGCACCUCUGAUUAUAAAUGGGUGGUGAAUUCAUAUAUUAUAUACUGUACCUGUAUUUUAGCUUUAUUUUAAAUCGUUCAAAACUUUAGAUUUGUGCCUUUCCCUGCUGUUAUAAGGACACUAGGGGAAAACAGGUUAUUAAUUUGUAAGCAUGAUAUUAAUUUUACGGCAUGAGGUCUUCGUUCUGAUAUGGAGGGGAAGUGGUACAUUGCAGAUUCCCUCCAGAGACACCAUGCAAACAGCUGAUGACACUUAUAAUUACAAUAUAUGACGGCCAAUGCAGCCAUGCUCGAGGACAGGUAAUAUUACAAGGGAAUGAGCAGAGAGGUCUAUUAAGAUGUGGAAGCCUGUGGCAUUCAGCCAGUUUAAAUGUGGUGCUUUUUCUGUUACAGAAUCAUUUUGAUCACAAUUACAACACAGUAUUAAGCACGCAAACAGAGUGGAAACACCAGUUCUCAAAGUUGCCCAGAAAGUCACAGGUAGACUUAGUUCCCACCUGAAAUCUUGCAAUAUACAGCAGCCCACUAAGACAAAAACCCUUUUUUUGAAAAGCAUUAAAAUAAAGGAAAAGAAUAAAAAUAGUAUUGUUCUGUUAGCGUAACUGAUUCAUUAAUUCAAUCAGAUAUAUUUAAAACUGCAAACUUUUGUAUUGGACGUUUUUUUAAGUUUGGUACAGAUUCUUGUUCCUGGUAUAUGUCUCAUGAAUAAUCACAGUUCCUUGCAAAUUACAAAUACAGACCUUAUAUCAUUCAUCAGGAGACCUACAGCUCACGAACACUCCUGCAGUAUUACGCCAAUAUGCCAAAAGUAUCAUGAUACUACAUUAGUGCCCCAUCUAAAGCCUGCAACAGAAAUUGAGAAAUGUGACAAAAUGGGAAAAUAUUCCACUGAUCUCUACAUUUAAGGUUGCUUUAUGGAUGUGUGCCGGUCUUGAAGAAUAUUCCAUCAACACAGGUCCACUGACAAAGAAAAGGACUGUCGUCAGGUGACAUAAUGAGUCUCUAAUCAGGUAGUUGUGGGGACUCGUACACCAGGAGCAUUGGCCUCUUCUGCCAGUGCCUCUGGACUCGACAAACACUUUACAAUGGAGUUUGUCUACACAGAUAGGUGCAAAAUGUCCAUUGUUAUUUAUAUAUGGAAUAUUUUUUAUUUAAAUAAAUGAAAAGGUUUUCACCAAGUUGUCAGAUUACACUUCUGUUUAAAUCUCACAAUUUUGCAUUUAAGGACGCCUCUUAGAAAAAGAAUGAACAUUUUAUUAUAGUGGCACAUAAAAGUUCAUUUAUUCAUUUUUAUUCCUGCUGCCUUAUUUUUAUGGUACUAUUCCACUUGUCUAAACAUGCUUUAUUGAACAAUUACUGGCUUUAAUAUCAAAGCAAGUACAUCUAGUUUAACCACUUGGCGAUACUGAAAUCUGCAACUUAAGCAACAGUGACAAAAUGAGUGCAGCGGAAUAUAACCAUGUUCAAAUAAAGACCUAUAACAA